AUGCCUGACGAACCACCAUCUUCAUCGCUCAAGAACUCUACAUCUUCUGACGAGGCCAUUGCCUACUACAAAGCUCAAUAUGAACAGUUGGAGGUCGAGCUCGCCGAAUUCCAGGCCUCCAGUCGAGAGCUAGAAACAGAGCUAGAGAAGGACAUCGAAGCUUCGGAGAAGAGGGAAAGGAAGUUGAAGGAGAAAGUGGAAAGCUUGGGCUAUGAAGUCGAGGAAUGGAAGACAAAAUACAAGCAGGCCAAGGCGGAGGCCAACUCGGCGCAAAAUCUCCUCCAGAAGGAAAUAACUACUCUGCGAGAAACAAAUCGAAGCCUUCAACUGAAGCUACGUGAUAUCGAAGUAGCUAACGAUGACUUUGAGCGCCAAGCUCGACAUACCACCUCCUCUCUGGAAGAUCUCGAGUCAAAAUACAACGUCUCAAUCGAGCGGGGAGUGCUUUUGGAAGGGGAAAUCAAAAAUGGAGAGCAGGAGCGCGAAUCGCUACGCAUUGAAAACCAGCGCCUGCGUGACGAGCUCUCUGAUCUAAAAGUUGAGACGCACAUUGUCCAAGAGAAGCUUCGCAAGGCGGAGUCACUGAAGAGGAGGGGAAGGGACUUUUCUAUCUCUUCAACUAUCUCCAACCUACAUCCGCUAGAAGAUUUGGAGCGCUCGCCAACCACAACUACCACAUCCUCUCCCUCCAUCGUAACCCCGCCGGCGAAAUCUGUUUCUUCUGUGAACUCUGACGCAGUCACUCCACCGUCACCACCUUGCUCCGAAAGAUCCGCUGAGGUGGAUAAGGCACCCGCAACUCCCACCCUCUCGCGGCCGAGAACUUCGAUUUCAGAUCUUAAAUCCUUUCAAAAACCUUCAUCGCAGUCACGGCCUCCGCGACACUCUCGCGGAGCCCCCCCUCCUGCCUCGAAUGGACGAGGUGCGCCCACCUUGUACUACCGUCGGUCUACAUCGAAUUCCCAGUCGCCUCAUACUACGAUUCCCAAAUCGGGUUCACUUUACCAAAUUCGUGGCCUCAUCGGCAAGAUGCAAAAACUUGAGGAAAGGGUACAUUCAGCCAGGUCGAGGCUUCCUGCACCAAACGGUACCCCACCAAAAAUGUCACCAAGGGCCAGCACAAUGCUUGCACAGGCUUAUAUUCCCUCCACUGUCACCAUGCGAAAUGCAAGGAAGCGCGUAAGCGGGGGCAUUUCUAGUACUAGGGAAGGCGACAUCACUCCAUCACGCAUCGGUCCAAGCCCAUUCGGCAUUCCACAAUCAACGCCUUCUCGGUCGCGAACCGUUGAUAGUAGGCCAAGUAGCCGUACGAGCGCCUCUAGCCGUUACUCCAACAGCCAGAUUUCAGGCCCUAUCCCAUUUCGCCGGCCUGAAAGCCGCCAAAGUCUAACCAAAACGCCAGUCGCAACGCAUUCCACAACCAGCGAAUCGGAAGGCAGGCGGCCAAGAUCAUCACUCAGCAAUUACAACCCGUCGACCACCAUGUCGUACAUUGAUGAAGAUGGCGCAGAAGUCUCAACGCCAACGUCUCGGCCUGCUACUAUCAAUACGCGACAGUUUCCGCCGUCAAGCAUUCCGGCACCUCCGAGCCACAGGAAGAGGCAGAGCGCGGGAUCAACGGCAUCAUCAAUCUCGCAUGGGCGACACAUUAGCGUGAAUUUAGACCGCCGAGAAGGUGAAAUGAUAUCACCGGAGCGGAAGAACGACAUCAACGCAUUUGGAGAGACAUAUUGA